AUGGCAACCGCGGAGUCUCUGAGUGCUGUUAACAAAGUGGUUGUUCAUCUGAGAGCUACUGGUGAUGCUCCUAUACUCCAAGCCAAAUUCAAGAUUCUUGGAACCAACAAGUUUGCUAAAGUGAUUGAGUUUCUAAGAAGGCAACUUCACAAGGAGACCUUGGCGAACACGAAAGAUUUCAUACUGCACAAGAAAAAGGAAUAUGAGUUUUCGUUGACUGAAACUCCUGAGCAGGUAGAAAUGGAGGUACGGUAG